GGAGGGAGGGAGAUGGUUUGCAGCGUGCUUUUCUGCUCAGUGUUCCUCUCAGAAUGCCUCUGCUCGGUUCGGAUCCGCGAGAUGCCGCGUUGGAAUAACGGGAGGACACGCACUGGAAGCCUCAACUUAAAGUAGAUGAUUAAACGAACAGAUGAACCGUCAGCCGCUGACCUUAGUGAGUCGACGUGGGAGCGGAGCGAGCUCUGCGAUCAUCAUUAGCCAGAGCAUAUCAAGCAGUGAGCGUCAAAUCCACGGAUUUGAUCAAAGACAUUUAGGAAAGCCGAGAUGUGAACAUCGAGAGCCUGGAGAACGUGUCAGCUGAGCGCGGAACCGCUUCAUUUCCAAGCAUCUUGUGCACUUUUGAAUGAUCCCGAUGCUAUUUUUAUCCUCGGCUCGCUCAAGGUUCUCAACCAACUGACUGCAGUCGUGACAGCAUGACGCUCCCCAAACGCAGGAAGUUGAAGACUUUGGCACUACUGCUGUGCGCCGCGACAUUUACCACCUUCCUCUUCAGCUACACCUUCCGGGAGCCCUCCAGCUACUUCUUCAAGUACGCCUUCCGCUUGGCGGCCUCCUCCAAGGGCCCGUGCGCCUGUCGGCAGUGCAUCACCGAGGCGGUGGACGACCCUUGGUUCACGGAGCGCUUUAACCAGUCCGUCCACCCGCUCAUGACCAGGGACAACAGCGCCCUCUCGGAUGAAACUUUUAAAUGGUGGCAGUGGCUGCAGUCAGAGAAGCGGCCGGCCAACUUCAGCGAGGUGGUAGAGGAGCUUUUCCAAGUCGUUCCCGACGACGUGCUGUACGCCGACGGCGGGCCGGAGCGCUGCCGGACCUGCGCCGUGGUGGGGAACUCUGGGAACCUGAAGGGAUCCCGGUAUGGAGGCCUCAUUGACUCGAGUCAUUUCAUUAUAAGAAUGAACCAAGCUCCCACGGCUGGGUUUGAAGAGGACGUGGGCGCCAGGACAACGCAUCACUUGAUGUAUCCGGAAAGCGCCGUGGACCUGGACAACGCCACCAGCCUGGUGCUCAUCCCCUUCAAGACUCUGGACCUGCAGUGGAUCAUUAGCGCCUUGACCACGGGCACCAUUAAACACACUUAUGUUCCAGUUAUGUCCAGGAUUAAGGCAAACAAGGAUAAGGUGUUGAUUUACAACCCAACAUUCUUCAAGUACGUGUAUGAGUCUUGGCUGGAGGGGCAUGGACGCUAUCCUUCCACCGGCUUCCUCAGCUUGCUGUUCGCUAUCCACAUAUGUGAUGAGGUGAGUGUGUUUGGAUUUGGCGCAGACCGAUAUGGGAACUGGCACCACUACUGGGAGGAGAACCUUCUGGCCGGCGCUUUUCGAUACACAGGAGUCCAUGACGGAGAUUUUGAAUAUAACAUCACAAAUCUUUUGGCAGACAAACACAAAAUCCGAAUGUUUAAAGGUAGAUAAUGCCAGGAGAUACAGCAUCAAAUGAACAUGUGAAAAGAGGAAGAUCUUUUGUUCUAUCUUUAGCUUUCUACCAUAUCGUUAUGUUAAGAGUUUCAAUCAUGAUCUAAAAUUGGAGCUAAAAUUACCGGCCACUUACUUUAUCACUAUUUAAUGACAGCUGUAUCAAAAAAUAUGCCUUUACAAGGAUAAGAAUCUUUGAUUUGGAUUUCAAGUAAAGUAGUAGGGGAAGUGGUCCUGUUAUUUCGUCCAACAUGCUGCUGAGCCAAUGGCAAUUAUAGAUUUUGUUACCAUGACGACAAGGGGAAGAACUAGCCGCUUAAAGCCCUGAAUCGAAAAAAGACACCGCAAACUGCAAAACACAUGCGAGCCUUUACAAGACAGCGUGGAUUCUAUUUUCCUUUCGUGGAGGCAGCACUUCGUCACCAAGCCCCAAAAUUACACUUUGUCACUUUAAAUUCCGACUGCGUCGACAACUUCACCGAGCAGUCGAUGUGAAUCUGUGCAUCCAACAAAACUCAUUGCAGCUCUGCUUACCUUUUGGCUUUGAUGGAGUCUUUCGUCCCUCUGUGUCCAGACUGCAAAUGAAUGGUGCAUGCACAAAGCCACAACUUGUUUAUUUUAACUCAUUUACUGCCAGCCUUCCCAGUUAACGUGGAUAUUUGACUUCAAAAGCCGUCAAUGGCAGUAAAUGUGUUUUAAUCACAGUCACGUACCAGUGGAGCGGAAGUAAAGAAGAGCUCGCACACCUACAAAUUUUCAGAAAUAGGCAGAUAACAGAUUUACAUGGUUGUUUAAUUUUAUACAUGAUUUUUGAGCAGGCCCGAUCCAACUAUUUGCGUAUGAACCAUUAAAAGUCAGUUUUCCAUAAUAUGUCCCCUUAAAAAGAAUGUCUCAUGACAGGCAGUAUGUAUAAUAUGUGUCAAUAUAAAAAAAAGAGCAUUCAUGUUUUGACAGAUAUAAUGUUGCUUUUUGUUGUAGGGAUUCAACACAUUUGCCCAGUAUAAAUAGUCUAAAAACAAGUGCAAUAUAAUCUGCACUGUGGUGCCUUAUCUGUAAAGUCGAUUAUUUGCAUUUGUGUCACACGACUGAAGGAAAAGUUUCAAGUGCCUUGACUGAGUUUAGCUUGUAUUCCGUUCAUUGAACUGAAACUACGUUAUUCCUCCAGCUCCAGCCAUUGUUUUGUAAAAUGUUUACACAUUCCAGAGAGUCACAUGGACGGUACAUUACUGAUAUGAUGAGAACUUUGGCACGGUUUAAAAAUGAUAAAAUUCAAUCCUGCCUUGAAAGCAACAGUACUGAUUUCGAUUGUAGGGGGACAAAUGUGUGAUAUUAUGUUUUGCUUCACGUGCCUUCAAACGUUUUAUUAUAUAGUUUUUGUCCUCCACAUGAGAGCAGACCAAUUCCAAGAAAGCUGAUUUUAAAAAUAUAUAUAAAUGUCAUCUGCUCCGUCCGCUGCUGCCAAACGUGACAACAGUGCCACCAAAUGGACAACAACUUUCAACUAUUUUGGGGAUUAUUAUUUUUUUGUCACGAUUUAUUCAAUGCUAGUGAUUGUGCUGAUGACUGAUGUGUGUUAUGCUCUCAAUAUAAAAUAAAAUUUUAAAAAUGU